AUGAAAAGUAUAUUUAUAUUUUUGAUUAUUGCUUUAGUAAGUGCUGAUGUUAGUGUUAAUGGUGCAUGGGUAGGAAAAUUAUAUCAAAUAAAAGGAAAACUAGAGCUAUUAUCAAGUAAAUUAGAUGAAAUUGAUGAUCAGAAGAGACACAUUUAUGAUAAACUUGACCACGCACAACUUGAUUUAGAAAAUGCACUCCCAGAAGCUAAAACUGAAAUUUCAGAAAAAAUUAUAGAAAUGAGAGGUCAGAUCGCUGUUUUAGAAAUGAAAAAGUCUCGUAUUAAAAGUGUUUUAAAAACUAUUAUGAAUAAAGUCCCUGAACAUUAUCGUAGAAUGAUGAUUAGACAAACUAAAUUAGAAAGUAAAUUUGAUGAAGUUGAUUCAAUUAUUUCUCAAACUUCUUCUCUUAAAACUAAUAAAAAAUUAGUCAAAAAAGCGGUUAAAAGAGCUUUGAAAGGAUUUUAA